UUAGGCAGCAGAACUUAAAAACAGAUACCUUUAAGGAACGGGUGUAAAGGAGAGGGAAAGAUAUGUAGCUGGCAAGACGCAGAACAGCAAGCGGAAUAGCAAUAGAGGAUAGAAGCAAGCGAAACUCUGGACUGUUAGCAACUCUCUUCUCUCGCGUUCAGCCUGACUAUGAACCUGCUCUACCUGCUGGCCCUGGCUUUUCACCCUGACCUGGCCAUGGGAGGCAGAGCCCAGCGCAAACAAUGGCAGGCUGAGAGCAGUCUGAGACCAUAUCUGGGUAGAGUGGACCCAGUCCUACUAUGUGAGCUUCUGAAGUGUCACAGUCCAAUGGGCUCCUGGUGCCAGGUGGUGCAGGACAACGGAGUCCUCUUCCCAAAGUGUGUGUGUCCUAAGACCUGCCCACGGCAGGGGGCACCAGUGUGCAGUGUUCUGGGAAAGACCUAUGGGAACGAGUGUCUGCUGCAUAGAGAAGCCUGCCGCAAGAGACGUCACAUUGGACUGGCUCAUAAAGGGCCUUGUCUGGUUUCCAAGGCAAACUGUACAGAGGAGGAGUAUGGCCAGUUCCCAUACCGCCUCAUGGACUGGUUCCUCCUAUUGAGUCGCAUGGGAGAGUCCUACGCACCCUACGCCCCGCCUCAGAGCUGCCUGAGCCACGCCCAGCGCUCCCAACUAGCCCAGCGGAGGUUUGGCCUGCUGGACAAGAACAAGGAUGGAAAGCUGAGCCGGAGAGACCUGAGGAAGCUACGCUACAAAAGAAUGCCUCUAGAGCACUGUGCUACCUCCUUCUUCCAGUCGUGUGACCAUAACAAGAACAGUAAGGUGACCCUGCAUGAAUGGAUCUCCUGUCUGGUGGAUCGCUCAGAGGUCUGGUUCCACAGCUUCAUGUCUAUGAAAAUGGGAUCCGGUAAGCUGUGUCCCAUGAAGACUGACAACCACCUUUGACCUGGAUAUGAACACCUCUCCUCUCGAAUUGUGUAUUUAUUCCUUGUUACUUCUCAUUUUUAUCUCUCUGCAUUGUUGGGAAGGGCCCGUCAGUAAGCAUUUC